AUGAAAUUAACAGCAGAUCUUAUAAUAAGAGCACCAGAUUCUUUUAAUCCAUGUCAAGAUCGUGAAUUGAAUCUUAGAGGAAAUAAGAUAUCAGUAUUAGAGAAUUUAGGAGCAACAAAAGAUCAAUUUGAUACUAUUGACUUUUCAGACAAUGAAAUAACACGUCUUGAAAACAUGCCACAAAUGAAGAGAUUAAAGACUCUGUUGUUUAACAAUAAUCAUAUCAACAAAAUAGCAGAUGACUUUGGAGAAUCACUCGUCAACCUUCAUACACUCAUACUGACCAACAACCGUAUCACCAAUCUUGCAGACCUUGAUGCUCUUGCAAACUUUCCAGCUCUCAAAUACAUCUCUCUACUCGAUAAUGUCUGUACAAAGAAACAAAACUAUAGAUUAUACCUCGUAUACAUUUUACCAAGAUUAAAAGUAAUCGAUUUUAAAAAGAUCUCUCAAGAGGAACGAGAUCGUUCCAAAGAAAUAUAUGGACCUUCUAAAAUAGUAAAGGAAAAAUUACAAAAAUUAAAAGAUCAACAACUUAAACAAAAAACUUUUGAACCUGGUGAAGGUUUAAAAAAUUUAAAUAAUAAUAAUAAUAAUAAUAAUAAUAAUGGUAAUGGAAAUGGAAAUACAAAAAAAUAA